CUUAAAGGGACACUGUGUGAGAUUUUUAGUUGUUUCCAGAAUUCAUGCUGCCCAUUCACUAAUGUUACCUUUUUCAUGAAUACUUAACACCACCGUCAAAUUUUAAGUAUUCAUUAUGACUGGAAAAUUUGCACUUUAGAUACAUGAAAAGGGGGAUCUUCUCCAUGGUCCGCCAUUUUGAAUUUCCAAAAAUAGCCAUUUUUAGCUGCAAAAAUGCCUCUCCUUGGACCAUACUAGAAAAUAUUUGUUAAUUACUUAAUUACUACUUAAUAACUUUCAUGUAAAGAUCAAAUUUGGCAAUAGGCAGCCCAGUUUCAAUGAGCAGCAUAGUGCAGUACCUUUUUUGACCAUUUCCUGCACAGUGUCCCUUUAAGUUUCUUUGCCAUGAGCUACACUUACAUCUGCUUAACACUGAGAGGAUGGCAUUACUGCCCCUUUUAAUAAUGCGGCAUAAGACAUAUCAGAAGAGAUUAAUGAAUCUUAUGGUGCAUAGAAAGCCUGUUAAUGGCCAUCAAAAAUAAUAAUUAUAUUGUAUCUCUAGUCUGUUGUGGAUUUCAGCUCUUCCAUUUCCAAACAAUCGCCUAUUCAUCAACUGUUAAAACAUUAAAUGCUAUCAUAAUAUUUGUUUUUGUGAGGUGUGGUCUGAAUAUCCUCUCUGCAAAGUUUUGUGAAAAUAACAUUGUAAAUUGCAGGGACCUUUGAGAAUUUAAUAUGACUUUUUGAUAUUUUCUAUCUGGCGGGAAGUUUCAGAGGUGAUGUGGUGGAUGUGAUGUCAGCCAUGAUGAUUGUAAUCCACCUGACGCACUACUCGCAUGCAGGCUUAGCAUGUAGGCUAUAAAAGGCCUUGUUGUGCUGCGACUUGGCAUUAGAUUCUGUUCCCUACAACAACUCAAGUGGCAUGUUAUACAGCCCUACCAAGGCUAAGUGCAGUUACAGUACCACUACGUCAUCAUUGAGACUGAGAAAAAUGCCAAGGUUGGAUAUUGUAGUUACUGCAGAUUUGACAAAGCAAUAUCUGUAAAACGAAACACAGUUGGACCAUAAAGUCACAAGAUAAAGGAAAUUCUAAUGAAGACCAUUUUCAGUCUAACCACACUUUUUACAAAGUAUAUAGUUACUGCCUUUUGCCUUUGGCAGUAUAGUCUACUGUCCUGCCUAGUGUUAGUGGGUGCUGCCGGUCCUGCACAUAGAACAGUGGAGACCUGCCAUCACAUAGGCCUACGUAUUAAUACUCCAAGUCUUUCUGAAGUCUGAACAAGACCACAGUUAUUUAGUCUCAUUUGAUUGGGAGGUUUCUAAGAGAGAUUACACGUAGGCAGCACUAACAUAUAUUAUAUACAGUAAUAUACUAUUCUAUAUAUACCUGUAUAAGAAAUGAAAAAUAUAUUUUUUUUUUGUUAUGAGUCAAAAUGUGUCUGUACACCUCAUCCUCACUGUGCAACUCUUGGGCUGAACAGAGAGGAGAGGGUUAAAUGCUGAGUUUUACGACUCUUGACGUCCCAGAGGUAGUCGAAUGUGAUGCCCAGGUCUUUGGCGUAGUCUUCUCCAUACCGGACAAGCCGAGGCCAUAACAAGACCUGUUGUCAUGGCCGUAACUACCAUAGAGGACACAGAGGUCAUGUCCUCUGUAUUUUUUCCAAAAAAUUUUCAGUAAAAUUUAUUUAUGAUGAACAUCGAUCUAGGAUCAACAAUGGUAAAUUCAGUUUGCAUACGCCACCCCCUAUUCCCAUUUACUUACCUCAAACACAGCCCAAAUUUUUGAAAUCAUUAGUUGAAAUAUUCCAUCUAUAGACUAUUAUCAGAAUAUUUGGACGUCUUGUAACAGUGAGUGCGAAAACUAACUCAAGAGUUUGAUUGAAGAAAUGUACAGUAUGCAGUACAGCGCAUAGUAUUUGACCUCAGUAUUUGAAAAAGUCUCGUUACGGCCCUGCCUGUUGUGUCUCCUGAUGCAGCAAGGCUGUGAUGUUUUUACAGAUACAGACAAAAAAAAGUAUGAGAAAAGAAGUAAGUACAGUUAAACACAGUGGAAAAUGUUCAAGUGGAAAACGUCCAAGUUCAGUUCAGGUGAUGAAAUUUCAAAAGCAUGAGCAAGUAAGAACGAAGCAAGUUUGGCACAGACUUUUCUGAGAGCAUUUGAUUCUAAAAAUAUCACCUAAAAGAAAGUAUUGGCCAGCUUUGACACAAUGGUCUCUUGCUCCAUCCUUUCAGUUCACGGCCUGCCCAUGAAAACAAACUAUCACAAAAAAGCAAGAGAUUUAGAGAGUCACGAGCCAAAGGCAGUUGUAAUUGUAAUCCACCUAAAGCAGCACUCACAUGCUGGCUAAGAAUAUAAAAGGUCUUGGUGUAAGCAACUGAGCAACAAAUUCUCAAGUGUUCAAGUGAGGUGGUCUCCUCUAUUAGACUAGUACACACUACUAUUAAUAACAAUGCCAGACAACAGAAUUUUUGGGUCUUGGGACAUGAUUAGUAAUGUCAACUUUGAUGGGUUCAUGAAGGCAUUAAGUGAGUAUAUUGUACUUGCAGUUCUUUGUUUGAAACAGGAACAGGAAUCAGUUGUUUGGGAAAUCAGUGUAUUCUUCUGUGUUAUGUGGUUGACUUAAAAACACAAUCAACAAUUUAUUAUUUGUAUAUUAGGUGCUUAUGCAUUUCCACUAGUGAAUUGCCUUGUGCUGAUUAUUCUUUGGGGUUUGUAAUUAUUAUGUUAAUGUCAUAUCUUCAGUUUUUUUAGGUGAUUCUAACAAUUAUGCUGCCUCAAGUUUGGUUGUUCGAGUUGCAGUUUGUUUCUGAAAAUUAUGACAAAAAAACACACAAUGAAUUCAGUCCAUACUCAAUCAGACUAUCAUAAAACUAGGAUUGUGUGAUUUAUGUUUUGUUUCUUUGGGGUUUUUUUUUUGGCAGAUCUAAGCUAUGUCGUACGUAAAGCAGCUGCCUUGCUGCAUCAGAAGAAGGUGAUAGAAAAGGUGGGAGAUACCAUCAUUGUCAAGACCCUCAGUACCUUCAGGAGCUACAUUGUGUCCUUUACACUAGACGAGGAGUUUGAGGAGUACACCAGAGGCAUCGACAACAGACACGUUACGACGGUGGUGACAUGGCAAGGGAACAAGCUAGUUUGUACUCAAGUAGGAGAGAAGAAGAACCGUGGCUGGUCCCACUGGAUUGAAGGUGAACAUUUAUAUAUGGAGGUGUACUGUGAGGGCCAGGUCUGCAAGCAAGUUUUUAAAAGAAUUAAUCCUAAACAGAAGGAAUCCUCAUAGAUCAGUGUCAUCUUUUUCCUGAACUUAAAGACAGUGUUACUGAACAGGUCUGGACUGGUCAUCUGGCAUACAGGACACGAUGGUCCUCAGGGGGCUGUUUUGGGUUUUUGUUUUUUCUGCUUCACAUGAAUGUUCCACUAUUUAAAAGCUAUUUAUAUCUGGACAUUUUUAAAACACAUUCGUUUUGGCUUCUUGUUUACAAGUAAACAGAGUUUUAGUCAAACAAAAUAUCGUUGGUUUUUUAUAUCCGAUUUACAGGCUAAAAUGCACAUGUCACAAUGGAGUUUUUAUUUUUAUUCACAUUUUAAGCGUUUAAGCGUAAACGGAUUUAAUCCGCAUUUGAAAAUAUCCGCAUUCGCGUAAUCACCGUCUUAGAGGGGGACCUGCAAAACAGGCCCUCUUUUUGGUCCUAGUCCAGCCUUGGUACUAAAUAUGUACAAUCAGCUUUUAUAAUCCUCUCAGGAAUUCUCUUGAAUUACUAAAUGACGGCAGAACAGUGAGAGGAGAGGGAAGGAUACCACAGUCAUCUUUUGCACAAAACUGGAUAUUCAGGUGAUGGCUGAAUAGCCUCAUGUCAGUCACAAGGGAAAUUAUUUGCAGUGAGUUUAAAUAUUCUGUAUCUUUGCUUUGCUUUGCUUUGCUUUGAUUGAUAUGCUUUGAGUUUGUUGUAAUGUGCCUAAUGUUUGAGUUGUAAUUUGAGAAGCACAGGCAUAGCCUACAACACUUUGUUUUAAUGUCCUGUGAAGAAAAUAAAGUUUUCUGAGUAGCCUAUCAUUCUUUUUAAUUCAUUUAUUUGUCACAGUCCAUGAUUUAACUUUGCCAGGAACAGUGUAAAUAGUCUAUCUGAAUAAGCAAGGCAAGUAUAGGCAAGA